AUGUCGACGAGCAAUCUGCGUUGGCUCACGAGUCAUGGCCCCCACAUCCUCUCCGAUGGCGUCUCGUUUGGAAUACCGUGGCGGCGGGGUCUCUACCAGCCAGGUCAGACCUUUGUCAUCGAAGCGAAGGGCACCCAAUGGCCUCUUGACUCGCGUGAACUCGCCUACUGGGCAGAUGGCUCUCUCAAAUGGACCGCUCAUUCCGUCAGUGCUGACAUCGGCUAUUCCGAUCAGUACACGGUCACAGGCCUCUCGCACCCGCAUGGCUUCUCUCCGGGUAUUGAGAUAAAGCAACAGGCGAAUUCUCUCUCGGUGACUUCGCCAAGCGGACUGCAUCUAUGGUUUGCGGCACCUGGUAGCUCCUCAAUACUUCAGCAAUUAGACAUCGAUGGGCAGAUAGUGUGCUCUGCAGCUACGGUCGUUUCAUCAAUCAACGGAGAGGAGCAUACAGCCCGCGUUGACGCGGUGAAGGUGGAAAAUUCCACUCCUAGGAGGGCUUUGAUCAAAGUUUCGGGGAUCGUGGAGGCUGGGAGUGAUAGCGCCCUUCUCCCCUUCGAUGUGCGGUUCUAUAUUUAUUCCCACGCCUCUUCCAUUAGAAUCGUCCACUCAUUCAUUCACGAUCUGGACCCAGACAAAACACUGACGUCUUUGGGUUUACGGUUCUCCAUUCCACUCGGACAAACUGAGCUUUACAAUCGCCACGUACGCCUUGGAGGAUCGGGUGGCGGGAUUCUCAAAGAAGAAGUGAAGGGCCUCUCAGGAUUACGACAUGGUCCAACCAUUCAAAAUCGAAUUGAUCAAACCGCAGGACGAGCAGUGACCCUGAAAGCAAGCGAGUGGGCCAGGACGGAUCUCUCCAAGGGGCUUUCAUUCAUUCCUUCGUGGAAUUCUUACUCGCUCGCUCAGCUGUCUUCCGAUGGCUUCACGGUUAAGAAGCGAACCAAGCCGGGCUGCUCCUGGGUCAAAGUCCCUGGUGGUGGACGAGCAGAUGGAACUGUAUACGUGGGAACAGCUUCGCACGGGGGUCUCGCAGUCGGUAUGUCCGACUUUUGGGAGAGGUAUCCCACCCAAAUCGACUUGGAUGAAUUGACCUCGGAGGAGGGAUCCAUUACCGUAUGGCUAUACUCCCCUUUAGCAGAGCCCUUGGAAACGGCGCCAUAUCAUGACGGUCUUGGUCUUGAUACGUAUGACAAGCAGUUGCAGGCUCUCGACGUGACGUAUGAAGACUUCGAGCCUGGAUUCGCCUCGGCCAACGGCAUCGCUAGAACGAAUCAGGUCUUCAUGAAGCCAUUCCUUCACACUCCAUCAAAUGAAGAAUUCAGUGCAUUUUCUUCGCUCGUUCGUGACCCACCUCGCUUAGUUGCCACCGGAGUACAUAUGCACUCCUCGGGCGCGUUCCAUGGAUGCUGGGCUCCCGACUCCCAGACCUUGGGCCUGGCUCCAACCCCCAAACAGGCGGAGAUUGAGACUCAGCUCAGUCUGCUCUUCGAUUUCUAUCAUAGACAAGUCGAGCAGCACCGCUGGUACGGCUUUUGGGAUCACGGAGAUGUCCAGCAUACCUAUGAUCCCUAUCGACAUGCAUGGAGAUACGAUGUUGGCGGGUAUGCGUGGGACAACUCUGAGCUGUCGACGGAUCUGUGGCUGUGGUUAUACUUUCUCCAUACGGGCAGAGCUGAUGUCUUCAAAAUGGCCGAGGCAAUGACGAGACAUACUGGCGAAGUCGACGUCUACCAUUCUGGAAACUUCAGAGGCUUCGGCACUCGGCAUGGUGUCCAACACUUCAGCGAUAGCUCGAAGCAGCUUCGCAUAUCCAACGUGCUAUACCGACGGAUCUACUUUUACUUGACGGGAGAUGAGCGCACCGGGGAUCUGAUCUCGGAACUCCAAGACUGUCAAAAUACGCUUUUGGCGUUGGACUCACACCGCAAAGUGCAAGAGCAUGCUGGCAUUCCUGCAGGAUUUGCCAUGACAAACAUUGGGCUGGACGGCGGCGCCCUUGUCACUGCUUGGUUGACAGCUUGGGAGCGACGCUCAGAGGGAUGGCUGCGGUAUAAAGCGCUUCUAAUUCAAUUCCUUGAUGGGAUUGCUGGACUCCGGCAUGGGAUUGGAAACAAUGCAAUCUUGUUGAACCCGACCACCGGCGAGGUGCGUGAGUGUCCUCCCCCGACGCCUGAAUACGCCAUCUCCCAUCUGUCCAUGCUGUUUGGUUUCCCAGAAAUAAUCGCCGAGCUUUUCCAUUUCGCUCGAGAAGAGCAUCCGGAUGUCGUUGGACGAUUCAUGGAAGUGUGGCUUGCAUACUGCCGGGCCUAUAAUGGUGGCCCGGACGUCCAACGCGAAGAAUUCGGCUUCGAGUUCCCGUCUCAUGCGACAUGGAGACAAAGCCAUUCCACCCUGACGGCCUUUGCUGCAGUCGAACAAAACAAUGAGAAGCUCGCUCACGCUGCAUGGGAUCAGUUUUUCCAUACCGACGGUUACACAGAUGACCAUGAUUGGAGUUUUAUCCAAGCUUCUCCACCCGAAUACUAUUGUGACGGCGUAGAGGCUCCGUGGGUUACUACCAACGAAGCUGCUCGCUACGGGGUGUCUGCAAUUUCCAAUCUUGCGAGCAUCGGGAAGUUUCUCGCAUCCGCGUACUUAUCACAUAGUUACUGUCCGCGGUAUAAGAGUGUCGACGAUACGUUUGUUCUAAACUCAAUCGGCUUGACCACGGAAUCACUUGAAUCUAGAUCGAAUAUUCGGUAG